CCGCACACUCAACGGCUUAGAACAAUCUCGUCACAGAUCAAGGGAGCGCGUCAGCUCACUGGUCGAGAAGGCUCGUUUCCGGCGACAUCGGCGGUGACACCCGACGCCUCCACUUGCACCCCGCCCUGAUAGCCCACCAUAAUGCCUCGAUCAUCUACUCAAGUCAAGCCUGCAAGGGCAGUUGGCUCGAAGUCGCGGCAUUCUGGGAUUCCUCGUGGCGUCAGCCAACAGAGCGACAUCUUAGGCGCCGUAGAGAAGCUCACAAUAGCCGGGUUGACGGACGAUAUCCCCAUCGCAAACGCACAGAAGCCACGGCCUGCGGCUCCGCAGCCCUUCCGGUUCCUCGACCUACCUUAUGAGCUGCGAGUCGAGGUGUACAAAUACCAUUUCGCCAACACGGGUCACGUCCUCGACUUGGACCCGCUCAAUUACAAGAGAGUACACCAAAAGCUGGCGAUUCUACGGACCUGCCGCACAUUCUACCGGGAAGCUUCUCACUGCUUCUAUAGCACACAUCCUGUCCGGCUGUUUCCGACCCAUCCUGGGCGAUUUUUCAAGACCAAGAAGCCUUUGCUUGCUCGCUUGAAACCUGGUCAGCGACAAAGCUUGACGGCUCUGGAGCUCCGGCUGGGCCCCGGUUGGAGCAAGCCGCCUCGUGGAUGGGUCGUGAACCCGGAUCUCGGACUGGCUGAUUGUACCGACGUACGGAAGAUUACAGUAUUCGUCGAAUGCGACCCCGGCACCGACACCUUUUCCGGCUUCCGCCAACCCAACGAAUUCUUUGAAGGAUUUGCGCAGAGUCUGCUCGAAAAUGUCCUCAAGGACAUGCCCUGGGUAGACCGCGUUGAGUUCGAUGCGUGGUCUAGCGUGAAGAAAUCUGGGACUCUUGUUCAGCGUCUUAUUGAGGUGGCCAAAUCGCAUCACCUCAAAGUGACCUGGGGCCCAGAAAGGGGCUGGACGGACGCCGACGAGCCAGAGCCACGCCGGGUGCUCAAUAUGUACGCUCCUCUUCCGAUAGCUAGCACUGAUGGAAGGAGGAACGUCGUGACGACGGCAUAGCGACACUGUUUGCACCCUCCGGCCAGUUUACUGUCAUGUCUGCUCCACGAGAUUUAGAAAGUCCCUUCGUUUAUGCCAUGAGACCCUUAUUGAGUUCUUGUCGGUUUUAUACAGACAAUAGUAAAUAUCAAGCUCGAGCUAUAUAGUCAGUGACAAUCAUAUCUAAGUAUACAAGUGA